GAUCGGAUUCGGAAGGCUACGUUCACUCAAAGGCUUAAUCCAUUCUCAUCUCAUCAUGCGUGCCACGACCUACCCAGUUUCAGAAUAUCUGCCACUCAAUAAGACAGUUCUGUGCUUUUAUCCUCAACAGGACGGUUUGGAUUGCGCACAUGUCGGCCAAGUCACCGUGGAGACCACAACCAAAGACCCUACUGUACCCGAGCUGGUCGCGUAUCACAAUGCCCAAGAUGAUAUUUCCAAAGCUAUUCAGCGUCUCUUUGUCGGUCAAAAGUUCUGCAUGCUACCGGAAAAGAUCAUUCUUGAUGGGGACGGUUACAAACUGACUGGAACUCGGAAACUCUGGGAUUACGGCAAGAAUACUCUCGAUCUACGAUGGGGAGGUGACGAGAUCAAGCAGUUCGCUUACAAAUGGUCCUUUCUAUUCACCGUCCAAGACAAAGAAACACAGCAACUCCAUAUACUUUACGUAUGCGAUUAGCGAAAAAUGCAAUUGCGAUGAUGCUUAAUGAUACAAAUUCGGGGAUUGUUGAAAUCCGAGCACAUGAAUUACUGCCGCACCAACCCUCCUCAGCCACGGCCUCGCUAAGCGAAAGCUCCCACUGAGUGAGCGUGCAGCAGUCUACUCUGCUUCCCUUUUAUGCAUGCAUGUCCUAACGCCAGCAACAA